AUGGCGAAUCCUCUGGCCUUUACCCCAUGGCCAGUCACCAUUAUAACCACUGUAGUCUACCUGGCCCUGCUCGUUCCUGUGCUGCUGAUUCAUUUCAACGUCCCAGUCGCGCCUCGAACCAGUCCUAAUGGCCUGAAUCUCACCGAGGCAUGGGCAGAUCUCCAGACUCUUACAGGCGGAUUUCACCCCUACAAUUCACACCGAAACGAUGAAGUACGCGACUGGCUUCUCAAGCGAGUCAACUCAAUCCAUCAAUCCGUGAGAAUAUCCAAGGACGAAAAGGUACCGGAUGUCUUCGUUUUCGACGACCUCACCUCAAACCUUACCUCCGUUGACGGUCGCCUCGGCGUAUACUUUGAAGGAAACAAUAUCCUGGUGUACAUUCGGGGUGCAGAGGAUGUGAAAGAAAAUUGGUGGGAGAUUGGGCACGUGCCAGCGAACAAGGGAGGUGUUCUUGUUAACGCUCACUUUGAUAGCGUAUCGACAGGAUACGGUGCUACCGAUGAUGGAGUCGGUGUGGUCACAUGCCUUCAAUUACUUCGGUAUUUCACUACGCCUGGCAAUGCACCUAAACGUGGCCUGGUGAUACUCUUGAACAAUGGAGAGGAAGACUACUUGAACGGCGCUCGCGCGUACAGCCAACACCCCAUGUCGGUAUUUGCACAUACAUUCGUGAACCUUGAAGGUGCCGGUGCUGGUGGCCGUGCAACCCUGUUUCGUAGCUCAGAUGCGGAGGUUACGCGUGCAUACGCGCAAGCGAAGCAUCCAUUUGGAUCGGUGAUCAGCGCGAAUGGAUUUGAGAGUGGACUUGUCAGGAGUCAAACCGACUAUGUUGUUUUUGAUGGCAUGCUGGGGCUGCGUGGGCUGGAUAUUGCAUUCUUUGAGCCUAGAGCUCGGUAUCAUACCAACCAAGAUGAUACUAAACAUACUAGUAUCGACUCGUUGUGGCAUAUGCUCUCUACUGCUGUCGCGAGCACCGAGGCCCUUGUUUCGGACACCUCUGACGAGUUUGAUGGACGGAAUCGGGAAGAUGGCAAAGUCUCUAGCGGCACAGGCACGAAAGCUUUAUGGUUUGAUCUCUUUGGAGCGGUCUUCGCCGUGUGUCGUUUGCACACCUUCUUCGCUCUGUCAGUCACUAUACUAAUUGUGGGACCUGUCACGCUGCUGUUUACAAGUAUUGCUCUAUCCAAGGCUGAUAAGAUGUAUUUGUUUCGCUCGUGGGCAUCCAUGGACUAUGAUGAAAAGGUGCCACUUCGAGGUUUACGAGGUUUCUUCCGGUUUCCAUGUUUGUUCAUCAUCCCCACCGGGACAAUUGUUGGACUUGCAUUCCUCGUGACCAAAGUCAAUCCUUAUAUUUCACACAGCAGUUCUUAUGCUGUCUGGAGUAUGAUGAUUUCCGCCUGGGUCUUUUUGGCAUGGUUUGUGUCUCGUGUUGCCGACUUCGCUCGUCCCUCAGCUUUCCACCGAGUCUACACAUGGACCUGGAUCUUUAUCAUCACGUGGUCCUUGCUGGUGAUUGCUCUUGUGUACGAAAACGAAAGGGGACUAGCUGGCGGAUAUUUCAUGCUCUGGUAUUUUACAGGUGUAUUCCUGGCUACCUGGAUCUCAUAUCUUGAGCUCUUCGCACUUCCCAAGAAGUCAGAGUACCUGAACUCAAUCUCACUCAUCCAGGACUCACGGCGCCCCAGCAGCUAUGGAAGCCGACUCGCUCUCAAUGAGGAUGAGGAAGAUGCUGAUGGCGAUGAACCGACGGAGUCCACCUCACUGCUGCGUAGUCAACAACGGACUACAUUUGCGAACUAUGUCCAUGUUGCUAGUAGUCAUGUAAGAGAUGGAAGUGACGAUGAAGAAGAAGACCCAAGAGUGUACCCAUACGAACAAGCAUGGAGUGGUUCGAUGCCCACUUGGACCUGGUCUCUACAAUUGAUUCUUACAGUCCCAGUUGUUCUCACACUGGUCGCCCCAAUCUCUCUUUUGCUGACGAGUGCUCUGAACCAAACGGGUCAGGAUGGAAGCUCUCAGCUUUUUGUCUAUAUUUGCAUUGCUAGUCUGACUGUCGUCCUUUUCAUGCCAAUGUUGCCUUACAUUCAUCGCUACACCUACCACAUUCCGCUCUUCUUGUUCCUCGUGCUGAUCGGUACCCUUUUAUACAACCUGAUCGCCUUCCCAUUCUCAGAAAACAAUCGUGUGAAGAUGUCUUUCUCACAACAGGUCGAUCUUGAUCGGGGAAACUCUACCGCCUAUCUGACUGGCGUGCCUCCCUUCGUGGAAGAGAUUGUCCGCGGUCUCCCCAGCGCCCUAGGCAAGACAGAAUGCCAUGAGUACCUCAAUCGCGUGCAAUGUGGUUGGGCCGGCCCUGAACCCCAAGUAGUCCCCCACGGCACCUUUAUGUCGCCUGGUCCUUCCAAAGACUGGGUUUCCUACAGCAUCUCCCAUACUCAGAGCUCUUCUCUCCGGUUUGAGAUAUCCGGCCAAAACACCCGCUCUUGCCGCAUCACUGUGGACCGUAAUCCCAUUAAAAAUUUCAGCGUCUUAGGAGGCUCUCUACCCGAUAGACGCUUCAUCAGUCCCGAUUCAGAUGGCCUACAUGAGAUCCGCCUUUGGAGUCGUGACUGGGAUAACAAGUGGGCCGUGGAUGUCGAUCUCGCGGAGCAUGGAGUCUCUGACGUGAAAGGUCGCAUCUCCUGUAUCUGGAGCGACCAUAAUACCCCUGGUCUCAUCCCUGCCCUUGAUGAGGCUAUCCAGUACGUCCCAGCCUGGGUGGCAGUGACCAAGCUGGCUGACGGCCUUGUAGAGGGCUAUCGGGAGUUUCAACUCAAGAAGACUGGCUCGGUGUGGAACCAAGUUUAA